AUGGCCUCAGGCUGCAGAAAUGAUGCAAAGGGGGUGUCGUUUGAUCUAACGGCAGCCAGUAUAUCAGACACUGCAAAAUAUGUCCCCGAUACCCCAAGGAAGCCAUUCAUAAACAUUGUAGCCCCCGACAGAUCAGGGCGCUCUCACAGGGGAAGGUCGGACGAUUCUGGCAUUUUUAUGGUAGUAAAUAUAGGUCAGAAUACGACGCCCGGAACCCACGGGGAAGAGCAGACCAUAGAAAUGGCUCGAUUUUCAGGAGCGGAUUCCACGGAGGAAACUGUUAUAUCAUUAGGGGAAACCAGCAGAUCCACGUCCAGUUCUGCCACAGCCAGCUCAGACAAUAGGAUGUCGGUCAGGUACCUGAAGAAAAAAUUCGCUGAGGUUGAGAUCGAGGAGUUGUAUCAGCUGUACUGGCUCCGGUCUCAGCGUGCCUCCUUUAGGGCGCUUCUCGCGGUGCUUGUCCUCUACGCAGUGGUGCUAGUGUUGCUCUUCCAUUUCCACCACAAUGGCAGCCUCGGAUUACAAAACAGCACAAAUACCAUGGGAUCACUGACAGCGCUUGCAAGCCUUAUUUUCUCGGGUGCGCUGUUUAAUAGAUUGGUCCUGAGCAACUUGGGGUGCACAGACAUCUUGCUUCAACAGAUAUUGGCUAACUUUAUGAUCUACCUCGGCGCUAAUCUCACAGGCCUGUACCACAAACACUUGACAGAUCUGGCCCACAGACACACCUUUCUGGACGCCAGAAGUGUGCUCCAAACCAACAGUUGUCUACAGAAAGAACGAAUUCUGCAGGAAAGCCUGCUUCUGAAGAUUAUACCGGCGUACCUGUUGGACGACAUGAAAGAAGUCCUCUACAGAAAGUUACUGCUGGAAGCCGUUGAAAAAGAGGAAUUCGAUGAUUCAUUAAGCUCUCCCUACAGCCAACUGACCGAGUCAAGGGAUGCUCUGGUCAAAAGAAUGGUCAGUGCGCUGCGAAGAAAGACGACUGAGCAGUUCCAUACCUUCCUUAUUUCUAAACACGAAAACGUUAGCAUUCUCUAUGCUGAUAUCGUGAGUUUCACACGCCUGUCAGUGAAUCUAACUCCGUCCGAACUGGUGAUAGCUCUGAAUGAACUCUUUGGAAGGUUUGAUCAGCUUGCUAAGGACAAUCAUUGCUUACGUAUCAAGAUUCUUGGCGACUGUUAUUAUUGUGUUUCGGGCAUGCCAGAUCCUUCCCCAAAUCACGCGAGAAACUGCGUGGUUAUGGGACUACAGAUGAUUGAGGUUAUAAGAGAAAUCCGUGAACAAACUGGAAUCAUGAGCUUGGACAUGAGGAUUGGUAUUCACACUGGAACCGUCCUAAGCGGAGUGCUUGGACUCCGGAAGUGGCAGUAUGACGUAUGGUCUGAUGACGUCACAAUUGCCAACAUGAUGGAAACGACAGGAAAGGCAGGAGCUGUCCACAUAUCGGAAACCACUUUGAGGGAAAUUCUACCCAGUGAGAUACGAUAUCGUCCUGGGCCGGACUUCACAUCGUCAGCCAAAGGCAUUGAGAGGAUGAAGACCUACUUUAUAUAUCCAGACGAGACGCCCGCCUUGGUCACGCACUCCCCCCAUUCACUCCACCGUCUCCGGAGCGUGAAUCCCGGGCUGGAGCGACAUCAGUCGGUGGUUGACGUUCUUGCUGAAUGGGGCGCCGAGAAACCUUUCGACAGCAUAUCCGACUUUAUGCUGGCAAAAACACAACCCGCCCAGUACACAAUCUGUGAAGGACUGACAUCAGAUCAAAAAGAAGUCAACGAAAGUCUGAAACGAGGCUUUCACCUGGAAGAGUCACUGGAUUCUGGGGAGAAAAGAGAUUUGGACGCAAAAUCAUACAUAAACUCCGUCGCUCUGAUGUUUCGAGAUCCUAAAACAGAAGUGCAAUACAGCCUUCAGCGAGACACGUUAUUUAAAUACAACGUGGGUUGUGCUUUUCUUAUCUACAUUGUGAUUGGUGCCGUUCAGUUCAUUGCCUUACCCAAGAAAAACACUCUUUUCAUAACGUUUGCUGGGGGGUCGAUGUUUUUUCUGGUAGUUCUAUUUUUCACAAAGCGAACAGACCAUGCAAGAAGUUGCUUUGACUUCAUCAUAAGAACCAUCAAACGACCCAAACUAAAAGAGAAACAAAGACGACAUGUGAAUAAAAUUCUUCGCACGAUGACUGCCGGCGUCUGUCUAGCCGUUAUUUUUAUAUCGUGUUUUAUAACUGUGAUAGAUUGCAAAGAUUUUACGCAACAACCUUAUGUAAAUACCACGAGCUGCAGUUUGGUGGAAGAAGAUUUUUGUCUGUUGGCAACGUAUUACGUCCACAUGUGCAUGCUGGCACUAAUAGCCUGCAGCGUGUUCCUGAAGCUCUACUUCAUGGUGAAAAUCGGAUUCAUGGUUCUUUGUCUGGUGCUGUACAACGUGCUAUUCUACCAGCAUAAAUUUGUAUUCACGACCUUCAGCACCGUCAUGCAUUUUACGUCAACUGCGAAAUCUAAUCAUAAUGUGUGGAGUACAGAAAUACGAGGCAGCUUAUAUCUGGGCGUACUCCUGUUCACUUUGAUAGUUCACGACAGACAGAUCGAAAAAAGUAUGCGUUUGGACUUUCUGUGGAAGAAAAAAAUCCGGGACGACAAGGAAGAGGUGGCGAAAAAUGAUCUGCUGAACUCGUUAUUGCUGGAAAACAUUCUCCCAAAACACGUGGCGGAGCACUUCAUGCAACCUCACAGAACAAAAGAGCUGUACCAUAACGUCCACGAGUCUGUCUGUGUGAUGUUCGCCUCCAUACCUGACUACCACCAAGUGUUCUACGAGGAGACAGAGAUUAACAAUUACGGGAUUGGCUGUCUGCGUUUGUUAAACGAAAUAAUUGCGGCAUUUGAUAAGCUCCUAAAUCAGAAGCAGUUCAUGGACGUGGAGAAAAUCAAAACGAUAGGCAGCACGUACAUGGCGGCAACGGGUCUGCGACCAGUGGAAUACUUGGACAGUAUGGCCCAGAUAGAUUCAAAAGACCGCAAUGUGCUAGUGAUGAUGAAGUUCGUCUUCACGAUGAUGUGGAGACUGGAAGCAAUCAGCCGUCACGCCAUGUUCGACUACAUGCUGAGGAUAGGCGUUGCACAUGGGGGGCCAGUAAUCGCAGGUGUUAUUGGUGCCCAGAAACCUCAGUACGAUAUCUGGGGCGACACAGUGAACGUCGCCAGCCGCAUGGAGAGUCAAGGACUCACGGGAAGUGUCGUGGUUCCGAAAGAAACCGCUGACGUGCUGGAGCGAAACGGAGUGUCCUGCGCUUUCCACGCAACCAAAAUAGUGAAAGGCAAAGGCCCUAUGGACCUGUACAUCGUGAACCCCUCUCCAGGCUGGAGGACAAGCUUCACCCGAGAAGACUCCACUAAUGUCUCAAUGCUCAGUGCUUCUUUGCCUAAUUUGUAGACAGUGAACACUUUGUAAAUAAAAGGUGUUUAAAUUUCGCGUUCUGUAUCAAUUUACUUGAUCAGAAAACGAGUAGCAGCGAGGAAGUACUUUUUUAUUUAGUUUCUCUCUCUCUCUCAUCAAGUGGAGCAGAUUUGUUAGCAGAAUA